UUGAGAAAUAGUGUUAUAUCAAAGAGGAAUAAUUAUAAUUUUUGAACAUACAACUGUUGUUAAAAUUUAUCAAUUUGUUAACAUCUAAUAAUAUGAAGAAACUUGAAAAACUAAGUAUUUUGUGACAAAAACUGCUUUAAACUGCUUUUAUCUCUAAAUCAUUCUAGGGCAACAUAAACAUCAAAACUUUAAAGGACCAAAACAAUGGAAGUUAAAUCACAGUAUACAGUCAUGUAAAGUUAUUGGUUUUAUAUAUGGGUGUAAACACACAGUGAACGUUGAUCGUGUACAGUACGCAAAAAGUUUAAAUCACCAAAAAAUGUAAUCAAUGCCGUUGGAGGGAAGGAGAGGAGUGUAAAGCAGGUGGAGAAGAAAUGGAGAGAUCUUAAGAGCCAAACAAAAUCUAUGGAAGUGAAAAGGCGGACAGAGGCCAAGAAGACAGGUGGGGGAGUAAGGGAAGCUCCAUCUCUGUCAUGUUUGGAAGAGAAGAUACUUGGUACUCCUCCAUCUUGUUCCUUGGAUGGAAUUCCUGGUGGGAAAGAUUCAAGUCUCGAUUCCAAUGACAGUAAUUCUGAGACAAAUUUGCAUGAGAUUUUACAGACAAGAUCAGAUGGAGAAAGAAUGUUCCACCAGAAGGUACAGGAAACUAUUUCAAUGAAAGCUGCUGAAAAAGCUAAAGAUUCAUCACGUCAGCCUGACUCUGCAUGUGAAUUUUCAAAGAGUAAGGCAGUUUCUGGGAAGUGUUUACAAAAGAGAGCAAUAAUUGGAACUGAGGAAUUUAUCUACAAGAUGGAGAAGAAAGUGACGGAGUUAGAGUUAAUGAACAAAACGCUCUCCAGUAUCGACAACAGUUUAAAAAAACUUGUUUCAAUUAAGAAGAAGAAAUUAGAAACUGAAAUUAAGAACAACUUUUUGCACCAGUUUGUAUUUUAAAAUGUCCACAAU